AUGCCUCCCCAUAUCGAGUUCGAGAUAAAUCCACCAAUCAAUGGCGACUGUUUUGUCUCCAACGAACCGAUCAGAGGGUUUGUGGUAUUGAAGCUGAAGGGUCCUACAUCUAUCGUUGCAAUAUCCAUCGAAUUGCGCGGCACGGCUCAGACCCAAACAAAUGAUUGCAGCAUCAGAACUCCGAGCGGAACUAAAUCGUAUCAUACCUUGGUUCAUUUGAAACAAGAGCUUUUCCCGGCGAGCAGUGUCAGAAACAGCGCGAUGGAUCCUAAUCGAGGGUUCCAAAUGUCAGGCGGGGAGCACAGGUUUUGUUUUGAGUUUUUGAUUCCUAACAGGCCCAAGUGCGUGGGAGACCACGGGAUGGCCUUGGCUGGGUUUACCAGAGACCAAGAAGAAGAAGACUUGCGGCUGCCACCAUCUUUCAACAGCGGGGAUUACAAUCAGGGACUGGCAAGGUGCAUGAAUUCCUUCUACAAGUCCAGUGCUAUAAGUUACUACCUCAAGGCUGCUGUUGAAAUCCGCAGACCACGUUUUCCCAUGCGGGAUAAUACGUGUGUCGCGUGGGAGUUCCAAGGCUUCAAUUACAUGCCUCGCCAGCUCCCGGACAGCUCGGUCACGAUGCGGACGAGCCCAGGGCUCUGUUCCGUUUUCCGAUCCAAGCGCUGUCUGGAAAUGGGCGUCGAUUUUAGGGCGUGGAUAGAAAUACGAGCCAGUUCGCUAGACAGAGUGUUUCGUCUGGAUAAAAUAUUUCAGCCUGGUAGUGGGAAGCUAGAUGACAUAACCUUGGUUGUGAAUAAAUACCCUAUGACUGCUACUGAAUUCGAAAUAAAGAAACUGAAACUAGGUUUGAUGCAGGUUCUCAGUUGCUAUCCCCUGGGGAGGAAUAAUAGGACGACUGAGUAUAUUCCACUCUUAGAGACAGACUUGUCCUUACGGCUCAGCAUUCCACAAAGAACGGCGGAAGCGGGUGGAGUAAUCGAGUUGCCAUUACGGUUACAGCGGGCGGGAAAGUUGGCAGGUUACAAAUUCAACGAGAAGAAUAUGUCGUACGGCGAGAACAGACUCUACAGCUUCACCACCUGCAACAUCAAACGAGAAUUUAAAUUUAGUGUAGCUAUCACAGUUGAAGCAGACGGAAGGGAGGCAGAAUUGGAAGUCUUGACAAAUUUCUGUCAUAUCGAGUAUUUUUCAGCCAUGGGUAUUGAAGAACUACCCAAGUAUGGGAUGAUUGACAUCCCUCCUGCUUACUCUAACGGCUGA